AAAACAGUAAACACAAUGAGUGAGUAAAUAAUUUUUGAGUUCACAGCAACUCAGCAAGUGUAAUUCGCUCUUACGGCAGGAGCGUAUUAGCGUAAUACCUGACGAACAAUUAACACUUGUUGUUUCACUUCCGCCCUAUUAACUAAUAAUUCACUCGACAGUCGACUCAACCCGAAGACUAUUUCUCUUCUCUUCCUCUCAGAAAACGAAACAAGGAAAUCCUGGUUCUGCCUUCAGUUUUAAUAUCUUACUUUCUUUACAUAUACUCGCGAAAACCUAGGGUUUUGUUUUAUCCUUCCUUAUCUAAAUUUAGGUUAAGAUAAAAGUGGCAAACACUAAUUUGAGAAGAGAAAGAUAUUUCUCCUUUCUUUAUUUCUUUAAAUGGGGGACCCUUCGGAGGGUCAAUUAAAUGGUGUCGUCGCAGGGGGAGGAGGAGGAACCAUGUUGGUACCUUCAUCUGAAACCGUUGGAUCAAAGCGUCAACGAAGGCCAAGCGUCAGAUUAGGUGAUAUCGGUGGUGACCUCCAUCACCACCAACUAUACGACUCGCACGUAAGACGAACCACCGCUGGCGCCACCACUACGACCGUCGCUAACUCCACAAAACAAUUCAAGCACCACCAUAUGACUGCUCUCGAUCACAGAAGAGAGGCAAGUAAGUCUUCAAAGACUCGAGCUUUAACCAAUUUAAGCGCUAAUUCUGGUGAAUUCACUGAAACCCUAGAUGAAAAUCUUGAUAGUGUUGCAAUUGGGAGUUGGAAGGUAAAGGAUUCGAAGAAACGAGGAUCUGCAAAGAGGGGUAGGUCUAAUUGGGUAUCCAAAAACAAUGAGACCCUAGGGGAUAAAAAUAACAAUAACAAUAGCAACGAUAAUGUUACUAGCCACUUUGAAGGAGAUGAAAAAUAUAGUGGAGGAGAUGAUAUGGAAGAUGGGUAUCGAGGCUUUGAUAUGGAAAACUCGGAGAGUCCUUUAAAAGAGCACAGCCCUGUUCAUUCUCUCGAGAACUUAGCUGUUGAUGGGCACGAAAGGGAGGUUCUUUAUUACAAUAGGAGAGGAAUCGCUAGGGUUAAUAGGGAAUAUAAUGAUGGGGUGGAGUUGUCUGGGCCGUCUGAUAAUGAUGUAAGGGAUUGGAAUAGGAGUGGGAGUGAAGAUGGAGUGAGGAUUUGGUUGAAUAGUAUAGGGUUGGGGAGGUACGCACCAGUUUUUGAGAUACAUGAGGUAGAUGAUGAGGUAUUGCCAAUGUUGACAUUGGAAGAUUUAAAGGAUAUGGGGAUAAAUGCUGUGGGGUCAAGGAGGAAAAUGUAUUGUGCGAUACAGAAGCUGGGAAAGGGGUUUUCGUGAAGCUUUGGUCAGUGGGAUUUUAGUAUUCGAGGAAACAUUUAGUUGUCAGCCAUGGCAAUGUAAGGUGCAAUGCAAUGUCUGAACUACUUUGAGCAUUUUAGUUUUUUCGUUUUCUUAUGUGGUUCUGGCAGUAGUCUUUUUUUGGAAUACUAGGCUUAUUUCUUAGUGGUUUUAUUCAUGCUCUAUAUAUGUUUUAAUCCAGUGCAAUUUUCUAGUAUAUAGUAUCAUGAUGGAUAUGCUGAAAGUCUUUUUGGUAAUGAAUGCUGAUAACAUUGGUCCAA